UCAAACAUGACGUAGAAAUGUCACUUCCGGAAUAAACAAAAUAACAAUUUUAGUCAGUCGGUUUUUGUUAUUAAGAUAUUCGCCACUGGUUUCUUUUUUAAAAAGGAUUUUUGCUUUAAAGGUUCUUCUCAUCUGCCUGUGUGUACUUGAAAUAAAUGACAAUGACUUAUGGUUCAAUAGUAACUGCGUAAUUUGGUCCGUUGGUUUGACUAUUAAAAAAAUCUGUUUUGUACGUGUGACAGUCAUCAUAACAACAAAAAACCACGAACUUACAGUACUCACUACUGGUGAAAAUGCCUCCAAAAUUUGCGCGCAUGCCAGACAGUGCAGACAGAUAUGGAGCCAGGGAUGUUGAAAGGCAAUCGCUGCUGGAUGCAGAUUCUGAUGAAGAUGACUUCUUCCUCAAUGGCCCAAGAGUGAAUACUAAGAAACUAGCUGAUCCAAAAAUAAGCAGAUUGAAGGGUCAGGUGGAGGAUGUUGUCGGGGUGAUGAAGGACAAUGUUACCAAGGUCAUAGAUCGGGGAGAAAGACUGGAGGAUCUGCAGGAUAAAUCCGACCAUCUGGCCAGUAACUCUGACAUGUUCCGAAGCAGAGCAAAAGCCUUGCAUAAAACUAUGUGGUGGAAAAACUGCAAGAUGAGGCUGAUCAUGGGCUUGAUCAUCAUGGUCAUAUUGGCAGUUAUAAUCAUUCCAAUCAUCAUCUCUCAGAGCAAGAAGAACAACAGCAACCCAUAGAAUCAGCAGCGUUAAUCAAUCAAAGUUGAGUUGAACCAAGCAGUACAGUCCAAGACCUCUAGUGUACCACCAUGUGAAUUGAUAUGAGGCUAAAAUAGAUUUCAAUCAUGCUCGAUAAAUACCAACAUGUCCAGCAAAAGAAUAUAAUGAAUCUAAGUCCAUGUAGAUUUGUUUGUGUAGGGUUAAAUUACCAUGUGACUACCGUAGUAAAUCUCUCCAUUGGUUAUACCGUUCUGAAUACUUUUAUCAGUGUUGAUCAGCAUUAUAUCAAAUGACAGCAUGUGGUGUUUUCAACCAAAAACCAGUUAUACGUUGAUAGCCAAGUAUGUCUUAGCUGUUAUAGCAUGUAAGUCUGGAAAGGAAGUCUUCAACCAUGUACAUGUUUUAAAUUUAUUCCAGAAAAUGUUGUCAUAAAGACUGAUGGUCUGUCCUUGAGCUGGGCCCUGUUCACCAACAUCUUCAGUGUGAGGUUCAGACUCAGAAAAGCAAAGUCUUUAUUUAGUUGUAAAAAUGCUAUUCUAUGAGAAGGUAGUUUUUGUUUUAUCUGUUACAAAUAAUCUGUGCUAUAAUCAAACAGACAUCUUUUACAAAAACAAUGUUAUAUUAUAGUUAUAAUAUAUAACAAGAUUUCAACUUUUUGUGCCCAAGUCUCAAACUCUUACACACGACGUUUGUGAACAUGGAACCAGAACAUUAUUAAAAUACUGGGUGUGUUAUUUUGUUAGUAUUUAUUUGUUAGUUCUUGCCUUCCUAGAAAGCAUGGAUCCAUUCUUCAAAGGGUACAAAUUGCAUUCCACAUUCCAUCAACACAUAGAUAUGAGUGUUAAUGUGUAUAUGACUAUUUGUUGAAAGUCUUUCACUAGAAACAUUCGCUAACAUUUUCUGAGUAAUGAUUUUCAAUGAGUUUUAUUGUUUCUUAACAUAGUUUAGUUUCAAUGUUUCUUAACAUAGUUUAGUUUCAAUGUUACUUAACAUAGUUUAGUUUCAAUGUUUCUUAACAUAGUUUAGUUUCAAUGUUACUUAACAUAGUUUAGUUUCAAUGUUACUUAACAU